AGCAGGUGGGAAUAAUCGUGCCGGUGGUGUGCCUCCCUCCCUAAGCAAAACCCCGCCAUUAAACAACCAAGAACAACUCCCCUGUCCGUACAAGACGGAGACCACUUGAGGGCUUGUUCGGUUAGCUCUCAAUCCAUGUGGAUUGAGUGGGAUUGGGUGGGUUUAAAACCCAAGUAAGUCAAACUCCUUCCUAAUUUUUUCCAAUCCCAUCUAAUCCAUGAGUAAUAGGAAUAACCGAACAAGACCUGAUUGUGUUAUUCGUCCACGACAUCAUCCUUAAUUAUUCAGCUAAUUAAUCUGAUAUAAUAUUGCCGUACCCAGUCUGCAUCUGCAUACCACCCCUAAUUAUUCUGCUGUAUAAUCUGCGCCCCUCCUAUUCCCCCUCCGCUUCUCAGUUCUCACGAGGCCAAAUAGAGAAGGAAGUCCACAACUGCGGUAGUUGCGCAAGGAGUGGAGUGACAGAGCUCGCUCUGUGAGCAGAGAGCGAGGUGGGAGGAGCAAUGGAGACGAUGGUAGCGGCUCCCGCGCCGCAGCAGAGGACAGGGCGCAUCGCUCGGAGGCUGGCCAGGCUGCUCCGCCACAAGAGCUCCCCGGCGGGGGCGGGGAUGGCGUACUCCGUCGCCGGGGACGAGUUGGACGACUCGCUCGACAGCUCCAUCAACUCGCUCAGCAAGCUCAAGCUAUCCGGCAGCCUGUCAGCUGCGUACACGCUGGACGUCUUCUUCAAGAAUGCCACGGAGAAGAACGGGGCGCCGCCGCCGCAGACACAGCCGGCGCCGUCGCCGGCGCCAGCGCAGCACGCCGCGAAGCACGCGUUCGUGGCGACCCUAUUCGCGAGGGCGUCCGCGGUGAAGGCGGCGUACGCGCAGCUGCAGCUGGCGCAGCACCCCUACGACGCCGAGGCCAUCCAGGCCGCGGACGCCGGCCUGGUGGCGGAGCUCACCAAGCUGUCAAAUCUCAAGCGGCGGUACUCGAGGGACCCGGCCGCCGCGGCACGGAGCGCCGGCGCCCUCGCGGCGCACGCCGACGAGCAGCGCCACCUGCUCCGGACCUACGAGAUCACGUCGCGCAAGCUGGAGGCCGAGCUCCGUGCGCGGGACGCCGAGGCCGAGCGCGCACGCGCCGCGCUGGCCGACGAGCUCCGCGCCGAGCGGGGCCUAGAGGAGCGCGCCCGCCCGGGCCGCACCCUGGCGGCCCUCGACGGCCUCCACCUCUCCGGCCUCAACGCCACCCACUUCCACACCGCGCUGCGCCACGCCGUCAAGUCCGUCCGCGCCUUCGCCUCGGCAAUGCUCGCCGCGAUGCGGCGAGCCGGCUGGGAUCCCGCGGCGGCUGCGGCCGCCGUGCACCCGGCCGCCAGGCUGCUGAACCCUGCAGGCGACGCCAGGUUCGCGCUGGAGUCCUACGUGGCGCUGAAGAUGUUCGCGGGCUUCCACCGCAAGGACCUCGGCCUCAGCUCCCUGUCCCUCCACGGGCGGGGCUCCGGCUCCGGCUCCCACGACCGGCGCCGCUUCUUCGAGGAGUUCGCGGAGGCGAAUGCCGCGGGUGCAGCGGAGUUCCAGGUCCAGCGCGCGAGCGACGACGCGCGGUGGGGAGCGGCGCUCCGCGAGUUCCUGCGGGAGAGGUACGUGUCCGUGGUGCACGAGCGGAUGGAGGCGGCCUUCUUCGGGCGCGGGGGCGGGGACGCCCCCCCGCGCGCCGCGUGGUACGGCGAGUUCGCGGAGAUGGCGCGGCGCGUGUGGCUGCUGCACUGCCUGUUCUGGGCGUUCGGCGGCACGGCGUCCGUCUUCCAGGCGCGCCCCGGGGAACGGUUCUCGGAGGUGUUCAUGGAGAGCGUUAGCGACGGCACGGACGGCGGCGGGCCGACGCCGGCGCCAGCACCGAGCGGGCACGUCGCCGUCGUCGGGUUCACCGUGGUGCCGGGGUUCAAGCUGGGCCGGACGGUGAUACGGUGCCGGGUAUACCUUUCCCACCCGGAGCACCGGCCAUGAGGACCGUGUCAGCGUCAGCGAUGGGCGGCCUUGUCGCAACGCACACGGGGGGAGGCGGCACGGCACGGCACGUCUGGCAGCGGCGAGGUCGAUCCCCUACCGGCGGGACGGAGCGGGGCAGGGCGUGGCGUGGGGUUUAAGGGUGGCAGGCGGCAAGGCAAUGGUCGCUAUGCAGUUUGGUAUGUAUGUAUGGAUGGAUCCAAGUAUGUAUGUUUCUACCUACCAGUACGAAUGUAUUAAAGCAUCCGAUUUGGGAACUAAAAAUCUUUGCAAAUUCGGUAACGACAAGACAGGCGUGGUCGCCGUAA